AUGCCGUGGCGAGUCCUUGGAGUGCGCAAAGCCACCUCGUUGGUGGUGGCUGAGCAGGGGCCACCGGAAUGGCUUCUGGCGAGGUUGGGCGAACGGGAAGCUGCAGCAUUGCCAGUGCUCCGCCGGCCAGGUGGCCUGCUGCUGGCUAUCUCGGCGGGGGCGAUUACUCCCGAGCAGAUCGCUGCGGGCACCAUUGCGGGCAUCACAGGCGACCUUGGCCCAACCACAACAGUGGUGGUAGAGGGCUUUCUCGAGGACGCCGACGCCGACUCCAUCGAGGUGGAAAUGGUGUUGGUGGAUUGGCCGGCUCCGCUCUACAAGCACCUAAGGGCUGGGGGAGUCAACUGGCCGGCCAACACAGUUUGGCCCCACAAUGGGGACGAGAUCGUGAAGGCGGUCAAUACCGAUCAGCUGGCAACCUUGGCCCGAGAAUGGGUACAGCAGGACGAGGUGGCAAUUUCGGAGGCGUAUGCGACGGCAGUGGAGGCACCUGCCGGAGCGGCGCCCAAUCCCACCGAGGGCCUCCUCAACCAGUUGCUGGAGCAGAUGCAGGCCACUGCGGCUUCAGUGGCGAACCUCCGAGCCGAUGUGGAUGUCAUGAAGCAGGCCCCGCCACCUCCAAACAAGAGCCCGGUGGAUGCCUUGGCUCAGGCACAGCAGUUGGUUGGCCCGGCGCCUCGCACCCGAGCUGCAGCCCAAGAUGUGGCAUUGGCCGCCCCCCGGGGCUCAGGUGCCCUCGACGGCGAGGCACUCGAAGGGGGUGCCGAGGUGGAUGCGGCAGGGGACAUCAGCACCGAUACACUGCUCAAGACGGCCCUUGUCAAGCUGCUCGAGGGCCAGACGAAGAAGAAGAAGACCAAAGCGCCCGGCCUACCUUUGUCUCAGGCUCUUUCCGACAGCGACGACGAGGAGGACAGCGCCGACCCUCUUCGCAAGCUGUCGGGUGCCCGAGGAACAAUGCUAGCAGAGCGCCUUCGGCUUUCGAUGGAGAGCUGCCCCCAGGACUACAUUGCGGCGAUCGAGUCUCUGGCAGCGCAGAUGGUGGGCGACCAUGUGCCAGGGCCAUCCACAAUGGAGAAGUAUGUGAAGGAGCAGCUCCCCAUGGGAUCCGAGCGUGGCCUCGGCUAUAUGGCAUGGGGCUUAGCCAGGGCCCUGACCCUCAUACGUGCGGGCGAAAAGGACAAGUGCCAUCUGGUCUUGCUACUGUUGGUAGCCGCUCUAGAGCAAUAUCGGAUCGACGGAGUGUGGACCUCUGCAUGGCGCUUGACCAACUUGACGCCUCCCCCGUUUGCGGAGUGGAACAGCAGGGCUUCAUCCAUCGCCGAGAUCCGCACAAAUCAUGCGCAUGCCCGAAUCAUUCACAGCACAUGGGCCGCCACGGUAGUCGCGCGGCUGAAGGACGAGGAGGUGCUGAUGAAGCGCAGACAAAAGCCUUUCAACGAGGACAGGCCACCGAGAGGGGGCAAGGGAGGCCCCAUCCUUGAGAGGUUCCAGGCUAAGCUAGAUGAUCUUGCUGAGCUUGUUUAUGGUGCCUCGAAGCAGGCAUCAAGAGAACCCAACUCUGGGGGCACCACUGAUGUCGUGCCAACUGUGGCCAGCGCCGUGGCUUUCCCUCAGGAGCUAUCGGAUUUUAGUCCUGAGCCUUUUCUCCCUGAACCCUUCCUAACCGCUUUCACGUCUCCAGCGACGCUCCUGGGGGAUCGCUGUCCAGGGCCGCCGCCUGUGAUCAAUGCGUCGGAGAAGGGAGAGCUUUGGCAUCUGUGUUGGCGGUGGGAUAAGGUUAGUCACGAAGCAGUGCUGAAGGCCUUUGGUGCUCUUGAUGAGCAUGAGCAUUUGAAACUUGGGUACCCGGUCUUCGAACGUUUUGUGCCUGUUGGGACGCCUGCGGAAGUGACGCCCGCAAGAGACCUUCAAGCUUGUGAGCAGGCAGAUACGGCGUACCGGGCAGUCGGUCUUGAGGUAUUCAUUGCCCCACAUGGGCAUUACGAGCCGAUGAUCCUUCCCGCAAACGUCGCGUUCGUCCAGCUCGAACUGCCUUGCCUAGGUGGGCGCUUUUCACAGGUGUGGCUCUUUUGGCUGCUAGUGGUGGCUUCGGUAGCUUUAGUGAGUGGGCCACGUCCGCCCACGCAGCCCCGGGACCGUCGGGAUCUCGAGCGAGGCCGAGUGACAGCUGUCACAGCAAGCUUGAGGGCACAACUCUUGGCGGCAUUUCAAGAGUGGGUGAUGGAAGAAGAACCGCAAGCCCCUCCAGUGGCGGAGAUUGCUCAGCAGAAGCCGAUUCAGCUGGCACUUCUUUUAGAAGAAUACGGACGCACCCUGUACGAGCAGGGCGCUCCCCGGAGGGACUAUGCGGAGACCAUCAACAUUCUGGUGCAGAGAUUUCCUUUUACAAAGAGCUUCCUGGCGGGCCCUUGGAAGCUUUUGACCACGUGGGAGACUUUGUGGCCAGGGAAACUUCACCCUCCCAUGCCGCUGGUGCUCAUGAAGGCCUGUGUGACAACUGCCCUGACCUGGGGCUGGAAGCGUAUGGCUCUGAGUCUGUUGCUAGGCUUCUACGCCUUGCUUCGCUGUUGCGAAGUCAUUGCACUGAAAGUCAGCGACUGUCUCAUGUCGUCAGAGAGCGGGUGCAAAGACGUCGUUUUCCUGCGUCUGACGCUGGUCAAAUCGAGGCUCCAGCAGUUGCUCAAAGAGGUGGAUCUGCUCACGCAGGUCCAAGUGCUAGUGGCGAAGUGCCAUCGCGUGUUCCCAGGGCUCCGCACUUUGUGA